UCUAUACAAGCUUUUACAUAUGCUGCCUUUUGCGUUUUCUGUACUUUUUGUUCAAGGGUUUCUCUUCCUCUCAAUUUCUCUGUGGCAUCGUCAUCAGCAGCAACAACUGAGCAGAAGAUUCUGAUCUUGAAAUCAGCCGAUGGUGAUGAAUUUGUGAUCAAAGAAUCUAUCGCCGUUCAAUCUGUAACCAUCAAAAACAUGGUGGAAGAUGAUUACAGCAUAAUCCCACUCCUAAAUGUCAAUACCCGAACCCUAACCAAAAUUAUCGAGUACAUGAAGAAGCACGCUGAUGCCAAGAUGAAUCUGAGCGAAGAAGAUAUCAAAAACUUUGAGAAGAUGGAUCUGAAUGAAAAAGUUAUCAAAAACUUGGAAGAUAUCAAAAAUUUCGACAAGGAAUUCGUGAAUACUAACUCCAAAAAUCUGUUUGAAGUUGUAUUUGCUGCUAAUUACCUUAACAUUAAGGGCUUAUUUGAGUUUUUAUGUCAGACAAUUGCUGAUAGAAUUAAGAACAAGUCGGUGAAGGCUGUUAGGAAGAUAUUUAAUGUCACUAAUGAUUUCACAGAAGAGGAAGAAGCGAAGGUUUAUGAGGAAAAUAAGUGGGCUCAUGAAGGAGAACGUGACGAACUGUUGAUUAGUUUGUGUUUGUGAUCUUUAGGGGUUGUAAUUAGUUUCUGGAAACAUAUCUGGUGGUUAUGGUAUCCAGUUAAGUGUUAUGUAGUUCAGUUCUGACAAGAGGUAUAUAUCAUUCUCUAACAAAUAGAAGACUGCUAGCAAAAAUGUAAACGAGCAUUGUAUCGCAUGCCUUUUCCUCUUGCUUGUUUCCUUUUUGGGUGCUGCAUUGAUGAGUUGUUAAGUGUUUGACAAGCAGAGGAAUGCUGACAGGCUAUUAUGUGAAUUUUUUCGUAUUUACAACUGUAUGAUGCCCUGAA